AUGUCCAUACCGGCUCUCGACGAGCAGUUCCUUCCGCGCCUGCUCGCCGUCUUUUACGCCGUCUUCCAUCCCACCGAAGGCCCCAAGGUCGUUUACCAAGUUCCCGAGGGCGCUAUCACCGAAGAACACGCUCCGUCCAAGUCGGGCGACCAGCACGAUGGUGCCAACGCCAAAACAGGAUCCACAAAUGCCCACACAAACGUCAAUGCCGGCGUGCUUGGCGGAGAGCCGCUGUUCGACUUUUCCGCCCUCUCCGAAUACCUCAUCCCAAAAGCGCCCCUGUGCGGCAGGCUCGUCACUUCCAUAGCACGAGGCACAGUCGUGGCGCGGCGCGAUGACGAACCGCCCCCCUCACGCGCUGCGUCCGUGGCAGCAAAGCCAAGGUCGGGAUCCGUACGGUCCGGCGGCUCGUCGCGCGCAUCUUCGGUGCGCCCAAGGGAAGCGUCUCGUGCGGACGCCAGCGCCAAGCCUCAAAGGGAGCUCCGGUCUUACAAGAUCCUCGGGUUUCCGACUCUCAUCGAAGACGCGGCAAAGUACCAGCGCAACAACUUCAUCUUCAACCUCUGCUUUGUGUUUGAGGGACAGGCAGAUGUGCGCGCGUACGAGCCCGUGGUUCGCAAGUGCGGACGUGUGCUCCGCGGCCUCGAGGAGACGCAGUCGUUCCUCUCGAGCCCAAAGAGCCUGCCGCGCAUGUACGCCAUCAUCGAACAGCUCUUCGAAGAUCUCAGCUCGUACUGCGAGAGCUUCGUCGCGCUGCCCGAAGCGCCUUACACGUCGUAUCUCAAGUCCAACUCCAAACCCAACAGCCCCGAGACCCACAACCUCGUCUCACCCAUAUUGGGGCCCGACGACUUUAUCUCGCUCGGUGCCAGCUUCGCCUCGCUGCGCGGCGAGCACCAUCGCAACCUCAUCAACGAGCGGCUCAAGCAGAAGCAGAUGCAGCAGAUUCAGAUGUCGAGCCCGUCCAGAGCCUCGCCGACCGCACGCAGCAACAUGCACAACCAGCAGCACCAGAGCGCCAACGGAGGAGGAGCUGGGGCGCGCUCUCGCUCAACUUCGGCGUCGGGAUCUUCCCAUUCCGACAGCGGUCGCGUUCUCAGUCCGCUUACUACCAUUCGCAACGAUGCACUCCCCAUGCUGCGAAGCAAUAGCGCUUCGGGCGCCAGCGGUAUCGGAUCCGACGGUCCUCACUCUCCUGCAUCCGCAAUCUCACCCACCACCAUCGAAGGCCGCAGACCGAGUCUGGCCAGGUCGUCGACCAUCAUGGCGCUCACCGACGAACCCGGUCAGGGAGCAUUCCCCUCGGAGGAAAGCCGCGACAACGCGAUGGGCAUCGUGAGCACAAAGCGACAGAGCGAGCUCAGCCGCGAGCUCAGUGCGGCCGAGAGCCUGGGCAACGUGCUCACCAACCGCGACAGCGCCACGUACGACAGCGUCAACACGGCUGCUGGCACGCGCCGCUCCAGCCGCGGCAGCACAGCUGGCGCCGGAGCUGCCGAUCCCGAGUCCAACUCGCUCGAGCAUCUGACGGAAAGCAUCGUGUCGCUCAGGACCAUCGAUGCGGCGCUGUCCAACUCGGUGAAUGCGCUGCGCUCCGAGACGGCCGACACGUCGAAGCGCACGGCGCUCGUCGAGAGGCGCGAGCCGCCGCACGGACUCGGCCGCACGGUGCGCGAUGCGAUCAACCUCAAGCUGUUCCCCGUAUACCCGAACCCACCCGCGGUGAACGACUGGGACGUGCCCGUGGCGCUGCUCGACUUACAGUCGCGCGUCGAUGGCAACUGGGAUCUCACGCUGCGCCGCAUCCUGCCGUUCAUCGAUGGCGUGCACCACGUCAAGCGCAUCGCGCAGCUUGCAGAUGCCGAUCUCGGCCUCACGCGCGCAUGCCUCGAGCAUCUCGUGCACUACGGCUGCAUCGUCGUCGUCGACAUCUUCCAGUACUUCAACAUGUACACCGUGCGGCCCGCCAUCGCCAAGAUGGCUGACGACGAGGCGCUGGGUCGCGAGUGCGCCACCUAUGUUACAAGGCCGGGCUAUCCAAUGCCGUCGUAUCCCGAGCUGCUCAGGCUCUACUCGCUGCUCCGUGCAGGCAAGACGCUGCACGACUGGAUCGAGGACAACGAUCUUGACGACAAGGGCAUCGACGUUCGCCGCUUCGUCUCGUUCGGCGUGAUCCAGGGCUUUUUGCGCCGCGUGCAUCGGUAUCCGAUCUACCUCGGCACGCGCUGGAGCGCCGACGGCGGGCGCUACGACACGUCGGUGGUGUCGACGGUACGCAACUCGCCCGUGGUCCACUCGCCCAUGGCCAAGCCGGGCGACUCGGGCAUCCGUGCCGACACGCCGGGCCGACGCGAUCAGAGUGGCAGCCGCGAGCCGCGAGACCGCCGCCCGCGCGAGCUGUCCGGCAUGAGUGGCGCAUACGGCUCGCAGCGCAUCGGGCGCGAUGGCAGCGUGGACAGCCCCGGUGUGACCGCGCGUCAGCCUGCGCGGCGUGUCGGCUCCGAAGCGCGGCUGAGCAACAUUGUGCUCGGCGGAGGCACGGGCGGUGGGAGCACGCCGAGUGCGUCCAACCUGGGCGACUCGGUGCACCUCAGUGCGGGCGGGAGCAACUUUGGCACGUCACCGACCAAGCGGCUCACCCGUGUGCGUCGAGCCAACUAUCGCCAUCCGACGACGACGGCGAUGGAUGUGGCGGCGGUGGCGUUCCAGACGCACGACAACGACCGGGCAUCCGUCGCGGCUGGAUCGGGCAAUCCACGCUCACCCCGCAAGCGCGCGAGUGCGAUUGGGCUGAGCACAGCCAUCCCUGGCGGCAGUGGUGCAGGUGGUAGCGGCGUGAUCUCGGCUGGAGCAUCUGGGAUUGCAGGAGCGAGUGGUACGCACCCGCACCCCCAGACGGCGGUGGUGAUCCCGCCCGAGCUGAUCGAUAUGCUCGAUGGCCUGCACAGCGACGACGAGCUGUGCACCGCGUUUUCGAUCAGCUGGCCCGAGCUCGAGAAGAUGCUGGUGCAGAUCGGCGUGGCGCGCCACGCGCACGAGCGCAUGUCCGACGGCGACACGGACGACGAUGACAUGGCCUCCACCCAGCGCAGCGACUGGAGGAGGUGGCCCGGUGCGGCCGGAUCCAUGUUCGCCGGCGCCGGCGCGAGUUCGGGAUGGAGCAAACCCAGGAUGUCUGGUUUCAGCGGCGUGGUCAACGCCGGGCGCUCGAAUCUGAGUGGGGUGGCGAGCUCGGGUCACCAGUCGAAUAGGACGGGCACGCAGGGCGACUCGAGCGGGUUCGGCAUGGGCUCGGCAUGGGGCGUCGAUCCCGACGAGAGCGGCGUGGCUAAUUGGGCGAGCACCGGCAUCGAUAGGGAGCUCAUCGAGGCGGGAGACCUCGGCCUUGUGCGCAUUCUGUAUCAUAUUGCGGCUGCCUUGCCGCGUGUGGCCGCCCUCCCCACCCGCAGCUACUCGACUAGCCUCGCGUCGGCUUGGACCAGAACGAGUAUGGCGGGUACGCGCAGGUCGUCACGCCAGGUGGCGGCGCGAUCGAGCUCGACCACACCCAUCAAGCGCGAAUCGGACAUGGACGGUUUGCCGCCGCCGAGCACGCCCAAGCGAAAACGCGAGGCGGUCAAAGUCGACCCGUCCGAGAUCGAGGACCUUCUCACCGCAACCAUCAAGCAGGAAGAUACAGGAUCGGCGCAGGGCUCGCCCAAGAAGGCCAGCACGUCGGAGCGCAAGCUGGCUUCGUACAAGGCAUCCAUCACUGGGUCGCCGUUUCCGGACCAUCCACUGCCCACCGCGGCCGAAGCAGAACAGGUAGCUUGGAUCCUCGGCGAGUUCCAUGGCUACAAGCGCGAGUCGGAGGGUGGCAGGGGCUUACCGCGAUACACCCCGCCGCAGGGCGACGACAAGUACGGCGGGUGUGGCGAUGUCCCCUCGGUGCUCGAUGCUACGAUCCGCACCGUGCUGAGCUGCAACACGUCGAACCGCAACUCGGCUGCCGCGCACCGUUCUCUCACGGACCACUUUGGUCGCCGGAACUGGGAAGCCAUCCACGCCGCGCCCGAGUCGGAGCUGGUGGAAGCCAUCCGCUGCGGUGGGCUGGCGAACAACAAGGCGCGCACCAUCAAGGGCAUUUUGUCGCAGACCAUGGAGAAACACGGCAAGCUCUCGCUAGACCAUCUGCACACCGCUACGGACGACGAGAUCAUGCAGGAGCUCGUGUCGUUCAACGGCGUCGGACCCAAGGUCGCCAGCUGCGUCCUGGCGUUCUGCAUCGGACGCCAGAGUAUGGCCGUCGACACGCACGUGUUUCGGCUGUGCAAGAGUCUGGGCUGGGUGCCCGAGAAGGCGAAUCGAGACCAGACGUACUAUCAUCUGCACGAGCGUGUGCCGGGCCAUCUCAAGUAUCCGCUGCAUGUGCUGCUCAUCCAGCACGGCAAGCGGUGCGCCAACUGCUCCGCCAAGGGCUUUGCGACGGUCAAGGAGGAGGUCGAGGACGAGGAGGGAGAGGCACAGAUCGUCGACAGGCCGUGUCCGCUCAAGGCGGCAGGUCUGCUGGGUCGCAAGGGUAAGGCGCUCAAAGAUGCCGCACUCAAGACGGAGCCCCACUCGGGGUCAAAAGUGAAGACAGAGUCGGAAUCGGGGACGAGCGAGGUUAAGGAGGAGUCGGCGUCGGUCAAAGCGGAAGACGAGGUGGACUAUGCAGCUGCGCUGUCUGCGGCUCGCGUCGCAUCGUCAAGCGAACUGUUCAAGAUGGUUCAAAAGGCACGCAACACGCGCGCCAAGAACCCGCUUUCCGCGCGCCUCAAAGCGUCCGGCUACUCGCUGGAGCUGCAGCAUGCGUCGGAGCUAUCGUCCGAGCAGCGCAAGCGCGUCUUCUCCCUGUUCGAGGCCAACAUGAAGGCGAUGUAUCGCAACAGCACCUUGGGGUGGAAACCGUCCGAGAAGAAGAAGGAGCUGUUCGAUGCCGAGUCGCGCUUUGCCAUCAUCCGGCCCCCCGCGGAGGAAGGCGCCGAGAUCGCGGGCUUCGCCAUGUUCCGCUUCGACACGGAGCGGUCGGUUGAGGGCGACCCGACGCGGCGCCCGGGAGAGGACAAGGUGGAGGUGAUCUAUCUGUACGAGAUCCAGAUUCGCAAAGCCAACCAGCGCGAUGGACUCGGCAAAGAGUUGAUGGACAUCGUAUAUACGCUGGGAAAGGCGGCCCGGAUGAGGAAGGUCAUGCUCACCGUGUUCGACCACAACAAGCCGGCCUGCGAGUUCUACAGGCAACAAGGGUACAGGGUGGACCCCGUCAGUCCGAGCCAGGAUGCCGAACGAAGCGGCAACGUGGAUUUCGACAUCAUGUUCAAACAAAUCACCCAGCAAUCUUAG